CUCUCCUUCCUCUGGUCUUUUUCUUUUUAACCUUUGCCAAAUCAGAUCUGGAAAGAUGAAACCAGGAGCCUUCGCGCUUGGUUCAUCGCGAACCCAGCUCCUGGGUUCGUCGCGACGAUUAAGCUCUGCGAUUGGUGCCAAAGCGAAGAAAGAAAUGCAAAGAACAGUAGCAGUUCGAAGCCAUUGUCGGCUGGAAGCGGAACGUUGCUGGAAUCACAAACAGACCCGAGUAUUCCGGCGAAAAAAUCAAGCAACAAGAUCGCAAAGUGAGCGCCACCGAGAAGCAGGGAAAGAACAUCGGCCCUCCGUCUCCCUGCCGCACUACUCGCAGUACAAGCUUCUCAAGGAUGUGAUGUGCUAGCUGUUUACCUCACUGUUACAGACUUGGGAAUUUAGAGAAAAAUAAAAAAAUAAAAACCUUUUUGUGUGUUCAUAGUUAAUCAGAACUUAAUUAGAAUCAGCAUCUGUUUACUAUAGAAGCCUUCUUUUUUUGAUAUGUUUUUCAGUAAGGGGAUUUCAAACUUGUUCUGUUGGUUUGGUGCGAAUCGGUAUUGCAGUUUUUUUU